AUGAUGUGGCAAUGCCACUUCUCUUCCUCAGAGUGCCGCUGCUACCGCCUUUAUGGGUUUUCCUUUUUCAAGCGUCUGCCGAUUCCUCUUUCAUCAGGUUCACGGAUGCUGGAGCAGAGUGUUGGGGAGUGGCUGGAGUCCAUCGGCUUACAGCAGUACGAAAGUAAACUGCUUCUCAAUGGCUUCGAUGAUGUCUGCUUCCUGGGAUGUAAUGUUAUGGAAGAUCAGGACCUUCGGGAAAUUGGUAUUAGUGAUCCACAACAUCGCAGAAAACUUCUCCAAGCAGCACGUUCCCUUCCUAAGGUGAAAUCUCUAGGCUAUGAUGGAACUCAACCUUCAGUUCCUGCGUGGCUUGAUUCCUUGGGGCUUCAAGAUUACAUUCAGUCAUUUCUGUCGAGUGGCUAUAGUUCUAUAGACUCAGUGAAAAACCUCUGGGAACUAGAAUUAGUAAAUGUACUCAAGGUGAAUCUUCUUGGCCAUCGUAAACGUAUAAUAGCCUCUCUGGCAGACAGACCAUAUGAGGAACCCCCACAGAAGCCACCAAGGUUCUCUCAACUAAGAUGCCAGGAUUUGAUAUCCCAGACAUCUUCACCUCUGAGUCAGAGUGAUUCUUUGACAGGGAGGUCUGCAGAUCUCCUGCUGCCUUUGGAAGAUGCUGGGAAGAAGAGACAUGAGAACAUCCAUGAUAUUGCAUCUUAUCCAAGAGCAGAGAAGUUUAGGACACAGGAGGAACAUCGUGAAUCAAAGCUUACACUCAGACCUCCUAGUCUGGCAACUCCCUAUGCUCCCGUCCAGCACUGGCAGCAUCAGCCAGAGAAACUUAUAUUUGAGUCCUGUGAGUAUGAAGCCAAUUAUCUGGGGUCCAUGUUAAUCAAAGAUCUUCGAGGAACAGAAUCUACACAGGAUGCCUGUGCAAAAAUGAGGAAAUCAACUGAGCAUAUGAAGAAAACCCCAACAAUAAUAUUAUCUAUUACUUAUAAAGGAGUGAAGUUCAUAGAUGCUGCUAAUAAGAAUGUAAUUGCUGAACAUGAAAUUCGGAACAUCUCUUGUGCUGCCCAAGACCCAGACGAUCUCUGUACAUUUGCCUAUAUCACUAAGGAUUUGCAGACUAGACACCACUACUGUCAUGUCUUCAGUACCAUUGAUGUAAAUCUAACAUAUGAAAUCAUUCUGACAUUGGGGCAAGCAUUUGAAGUAGCCUACCAGUUGGCCCUUCAAGCUCAAAAAUCAAAAUCUCCAGCUGUUUUGACUGCAGAAAUGAUAGAAACAAAAUCUUCAAAACCAGUGCCUAAACCUCGAGUCAGCAUGAGAAAGUCAGCAGUGCCGCUCCCUUCUGAUAGUCGCUGUUGUUACUGUCAUACCUGUACCACACACCGUCCUUCCUAUCUACCGCUGCAGUCUGUUAGUCCAGGAACUAAGCUGGAGCAAUCUGAAGAGGACCAAGACUCCCAGUCCCAUGCUGGUGUAUCCUGGGUAGUAGAGCCCAAGCAGGAUUCCAAGAGGACCCUCAGCACUAAGUAUGAGACUACUAUCUUCUGAAAACAAAUCUACAUCCAACCAGUCUAACUGUGCCUUUGCAGUUUGAUCUGCC